AGAGUGCCCGACAGCUGCGCUGCACAGCCACACCGCUGCACUGCUGCGAUGGUGACGGUGGGGCCGCAUUGCCUGGAUGACAGUGAGGUCAGGGGCGUGGUUUUUGAUGUGGAUGGCACACUGUUGGACACGAUGCCUCUCUUCUACCCUUCCUGGCCAAAGACUGGUGAUCAGCCGAGGUUCGGCCUGAGAGUCUCAGAGGAGGACUUCUAUCGGCUGGCAGGAGUGCCUUUGCCCGACAUUGUCCACAGUCUGCACGUGGAGCAGAAAGGCUGCGCCCCGUCGCCGGAGUUCGUGAAAGACUUCGUGGCAGAAAAAGUGCGGGUGCACAAGGAGUUGGAGGCUGUGAAGGGCCCCCCUCCUCCAAUUGCGGGCGUCGUGGCCCUUGCCAAGGAGUACAAGUCGCGCGGAGUGCCAGUGGCCAUCGCCACCUCCGGCAUUAAGGACAUCGUGCUGGAGCACCUGCACGCCGUGGGGUUGCAGGACUUGGUGCCGCGGGAGCUCAUGGUCUUCUCCUCUGACGUGGCCAAGGGCAAGCCUGAUCCUGCUAUCUACUUGGAGGCCGCCCGGCGUCUGGGCGUAGAGCCGCGCUUCUGCCGCGCCUAUGAGGAUGGCGAGAGCGGCUUGCAGUCCGCCUGCCUGGCGGGCAUGGAGACGAUCGACGUCACCUUCAUGCAGGACUACCCGGCCCCGGAGGCGCUGCGGAAGGCCAAGAUGGAGCAGAUUAGCAGACGAGAGUGGCUGCCUGCGUGACGGCGGGUCUCAGAGAGAUGCCUCCCCUUCUUAACCUUUAGGCGCACAGCGCUUGCAUGACAAAAGUGGAC